AUGUUUCCGUUUCUGAGUUUCAACAUCUCCGGGCUGGAUCCCGUGGCUCAUUACAGCAUCUAUGUGGAUGUUGUGUUAGUGGAUCAGCACCACUGGCGAUACCAAGGCGGGAAAUGGGUUCAAUGCGGCAAGGCCGAGGGAAAUAUGCCAGGGAAUCGGACAUACAUGCAUCCAGAUUCUCCCAACACUGGAGCUCAUUGGAUGCGGCAGGAAAUUUCCUUUGGGAAACUGAAACUCACCAACAAUAAAGGAGCAUCGAACAAUAUCACACAGAUGAUUGUACUGCAGUCCUUACACAAGUAUCAGCCUCGUCUGCAUGUUACUGAGGCCAAGCAGGGCGAAGUGGACGAGGUGCACCCCUCAAUCUGCACCCAGACCUUUACUUUUCCAGAGACUCAGUUCAUCGCGGUUACUGCAUACCAGAAUGCUGAUAUCACUCAGCUGAAAAUAGAUCAUAACCCUUUUGCUAAAGGCUUCCGGGAUAAUUUUGAUUCGAUGUACACCACAACCGAGGGAGAGCGCACAACCCCAUCUCCACCCAGCGUGGCCAGUUGCCAGCAGCUCCUGUCAGGCAGCCGGUUCCAGCCUUUCUUGCACGAUCAGUUCCCGCUGCCCCAGAGCCGCUUCUUCAACCGGGAAUGCGUCCCACUCCCUCUGCCACCCAAGGAUCCUCCCCACUGGUAUUUUGCUUCACAACAGCCUCCCCCUGCCCCUCUGGAAUAUGGUGCCUACGAAGGAGACUUCCGAGGGAACAAAUUUAUGCCCUACGGGGUAAAGCCGUUUGCCCUGCAGCCAGCCUCCCAUCCCUCCUUGCCCUACUAUCAGGAGCACCCGUUUGGUCCGCCUCCUACCUGGAGUUCGCCACCUCAGUACCACCACCCCAAGCCCAACUCGGGUCCUCUGAGCUGGUUCCGGCCCAUGCGGGAUUUGCAGGCCUUGCCCGCCGGAGAGGAGAAAGGGAAGGACCACGAGGGCUGGGCGGAGCCAGGCUCGGCAAAGUCGGCAGAUUCCUCGGACUCUGGCUUGUACGAAGCUGAGUGUAAGCGUCGCCGAGUGUCUCCGUACGUCUCAAGCGCCGAGAGCUCCCCACCCCUCCGCAAUGGGGAGCUCUAUGACAAAGAAGGCGGCGGGGACAGUGGUUAUUAUGGGUUCUAUGGCAACUAA